GCCUCUGUAGAGUUCUACUGUUGUCAGUCGCGCUGUGUGAGUUUGGCAAGACGCCAGCGAGUCCGCGCUCGUGUACGCACCGUCGCGCCCGCUUGCUUCAUAGUCUUUGACAGCUGGAAGACGGAGGAGGUUCGCCACACAACAUAGAUAAACUUUCGAUUUGUGUUGUACUUUGACGUUUUAAGCGCCGACUGACACAACCCCGUGUAUACGCUGAGGAGAAUCCAUUUAUUAGUCUUUAUAUAGGGUGCAGGUUGACGCGAGUACAGUGGAUGUGGGAAACUGUCGCCGGUUCCAGAUAUGAGGAUUUAAAAGGACACUGAUCUCAGAAGGAAACCGUUUAAUUCACAUUGUUGUAUAAGUUCAGUCCUGACUGCCGUGGAUGAAAACGUUUGAAGCAUGUGACUAAACUCAUUUAAAAAAAGCCCCCAUCUAUAAAAGAUGGAGAGUAUUUAAAGUACCGGAUUAAGUGAUACACUUUUAUUAUUGUACAUCGCUGGAUAUCUCAACGAUGCCAACGUGGCUAGAGAACAAUCUUUCGUAUGAUGGACUUUUAACCAGACAGAAGAAACAUGGCUCUCUAUCCUUAAGCGAUCACCAGUUGUGUCAGAAUUUCUUUAUGACACGUGGAUGGAUCUAGACUUUAUAACGCUGCAGUCGCCAUCCAUUUCCUACAUAUAUCAGUGAUAUUCCUGCUUAGGAGAAUGAUAUGUCAAAAAAAGAGGAGACCCAUCAAAGAAGAGGAUUUUUCCGCUAUUGUUGUGCCCUCCAUGAGGGGUCAUGGGUACUUGGAUUACACUGUUGAAAGUCAUCCGUCCAGGGCCAUGCAGAUCAUGGAUGAGUUUCGAAAUCACGAGAUGCUCUGUGACGUGGUUCUACACGUGACAUACAAGGAUAAGAUGGCGGAUUUUAAGGUGCAUAAACUGGUACUGGCCGCCUGCAGUCCUUACUUCAAAGCCAUGUUUACCAGUAAUUUCAAAGAAUGCCACGCCUCAGAGGUCACCUUAAAGGACGUGUGCCCCCAGGUCAUCAGCCGCCUCAUUGACUACGCCUACACCUCACGCAUCACGGUGGGAGAAACCUGCGUCCUUCACGUUCUCCUGACCGCCAUAAGAUUUCAGAUGGAAGAGGUGGCCAAAGCGUGCUGUGAUUUCCUCACGAAAAACCUGGACCCGUCUAACGUCAUUGGCCUCUCGAGAUUCGCUGAGGAGAUCGGUUGCACAGAGCUACACCUUCGUACAAGAGAAUACAUCAACAGUCACUUCAAUGAGGUAACCAAAGAGGAGGAAUUCUUCAGUUUGUCCCACUGUCAGCUGCUGGAGUUGAUCAGUCAAGACAGCAUAAAGGUGCUUUGUGAGUCCGAGAUCUACAAGGCCUGUAUCGACUGGGUCCGCUGGGAUGUGGAGACCCGUGCCCAAUACUUCCAUGCCCUCCUCAAUGCGGUCCACAUCUACGCCCUGCCGCCCACCUUCCUCAAAAGGCAGCUGCAGCACUGUCCCAUUCUGAGCAAGGCCAACUCCUGCAAGGACUUCCUAUCCAAGAUCUUUCAGGACAUGGCUCUCCGAAAACCCUUGCCCCCAGCUCCUCAUCGCGGGAAUCAGCUCAUCUACGUAGCAGGGGGUUACAGGCAACACUCCCUGGAUUCUUUGGAAGCCUUCGAUCCAAGGACGAAUGUUUGGCAAAAGCUAGCCGAGAUGGGAUUUCCUUGUAGCGGCUUAGGGGCCUGCGUGUUGUCCGGCCUUCUUUAUACGGUCGGAGGACGUAACCUCUCUUUGCAGAACAACACCGAGUCUGGAGCUUUGUCCUGCUACAACCCCAUGACUAACCAGUGGACCCAGCUGGCUCCUCUCAACACGCCCAGAAACAGAGUGGGUGUCGGGGUCAUUGACGGGAGCAUUUAUGCCGUAGGGGGUUCGCAUGCCUCUACACAUCACAACAGCGUUGAGAGGUAUGACCCAGAAACAAAUCGUUGGACAUUUGUGGCACCUAUGUCAGUGGCACGACUGGGGGCCGGUGUUGCCACGUGCUGUGGCCAUCUGUAUGUGGUGGGGGGGUUUGAUGGAGAUAAUCGAUGGAACACAGCAGAACGCUAUCAACCAGACACUAAUACGUGGCAGCAUGUGGCACCUAUGAACACUGUUCGGAGUGGACUCGGCUUGGUGUGUAUGGAUACUUGCCUGUAUGCAGUUGGUGGCUACGAUGGUCAAACCCAGCUCAAGUCAACGGAGAGAUAUAAUGUAACUCGAGAUGUAUGGGAACCCAUGGCCUGUAUGAACAAAUGCCGCAGUGCACAUGGAGUAACCAUCUUCCAAUGCAAAAUAUAUGUUUUAGGUGGAUUCAAUCAAGAGGGUUUCUUAUCCAGCGUGGAGUACUACUGUCCAUGCAGUAAUGUAUGGACGUAUCUAACAGACAUGCCUAUUGGCCGCAGUGGAAUGGGUGUCGCUGUAACCAUGGAACCUUGCCCUGGAAUACUGCCGGAUGAGGAAGACAAUGAGGAUGAGGUGUAACAAUCCGAACCAUGUGCCAUCUGAAGACAACUCAAAGUUGUUGCAUUUACCUUAAAACUCUUUAUGCAUGAGAUGCCAAUAAGGACAUUCUUCUUUAAAAUAUUUAGUUUUUUAAUAAAUUGCUCUCCACCACCAAGUGAUUCAUGGAGAGAAAUGUCUCUAAUCACUGGACUAAUGAAGCUCUGAUCACAUGAUCAGGUCUGGAUGAUUGAAUGAAGAUCACAAUCGUAUUGUCAAACUGCUGAACACUUUGAAUUUGAAUGUGAGUCUUGUUUUAUAGGACUUUUCUUGUCCAGAUAAGCACUGUUUAACGUGAAAAUGUGAUAAAAUAUUGAAGGUUUGGCUUGGUUUGUAUUGUUGUUUUUGAAACUCUGCUCUUUAUCUAUGUACAGGAGUGUUUGCAGUGACGCUUUCCAUGAAGCCUGUAUAAUGCAUUAUAAUUAUAAUACUUGAUAGUAUUCCUAAUGCAUUCAUAACUUAAGUUUAUUUGUAUUUUCUUAUGAACUAAUGUAAACCGCAGCUAUAAUCAAGUAUACAAUUCUCUUAUCUGUGUAAAUAUAUAUACAGUACUGUGCAAAAGUCUUAGGCCACCACCACCACCAGCUUUGUUGUUUUAGCAAAGCAUCCAUUUUUAUUUUUCACUCUUUUAUUAAGAUACAACCAGAAAAUACAGAAAAGUCAGGAUUUAGUGUGACUUCUCUUGGCAUGAAACACAUUUUGAGCUUUUUUGAGGAGACUGAAGUCUUGAAGUCAUUUGAUUAGAAUUAGAAAUUAGGAUUUAAUUUUAUUAAGAGAUCCUGCUAUUGCUCAAGUGGAAGGGGAGUUUACUGUAAAUAUUUGACACUUUAGCUUAUACUUUUAUACUGUUUUUAAUACUACAUACACAUUUUCUGUAUUUUCUGGUUGUAUUCUAAUAAAGAGACAGAAAUAAUUAUAUAUGAUCACUAUACAAUGCAAAAACAACUAAUCUAAUGGUAGCAUGGUGGCCAAAGACUUUUGCACAGUACUGUAUAUAUAAAAUACAUUAAAACAAAAUAUCAACAUUAAAACAAAGUAUCAACAUUAAGGUGGUCCUUAUAAUGUGUCAAUUUUUUUUUAAUGUUCAACUCUCACCCCCUAAAUGUGUUAGGAUAUCAAUAAAAACACACUAUGCAAGAUUUUGAAUUGUUCCUACAAUUUCUAGAGGUUGCUCAAAGCCUUUGAAUAUUUCCGAAAUCACAUAUUUUUGCAAAAACUGUACCAUUUAAAAACGCAGAACACACAUAAAACUUGCUUCUCGGAGGGUAACUUUGUUCCAGUUAUUUCAGUCUCUUCUGAGUAACUAUAUAGCGGACUUGCUUUGUGUUGCUUCAGCCAUUGUCUCAGUGUAUAUUGUCUAUUGUGCUUCAUUCACAUUGUAGCUUUCUUGCAUUGAAAGACAUCACAACUAAACUAGAGUUUUAAUUGCAUGGAGCAUGGUCAAAUAAUCCAUUGUUGCCAUAAGUAUAUAUUAUUAAACAAUUAUACAUGCUAGCACAAAGUUUCACAUAAUACGCAAAUGUGUUAAAAUUAAAAGGUCUUGAGCAACCUCUAAAUAUUAAUUAAUAUUGAAAAAAAUGUGCCAGAUUUAUUUAUUCAAAUAUAUUGGUGGGGUGAGAGCAUGAACUUUUAAAAGUUGAAAAAUAAGGACCACCCUAAUCAUAGAUGCGUAUAAUCAUGAAUUAUAUUACACUAUUAUAACAGUGGACACGGUUAUUUAUAAGAAGAUAAAGGCCUGGUUUCACUGACAAUUAAGUAGAUUUUAUGAAUGUUCCUUAGAAAAACAUUACUAGUGUUCAUCCUGGGACAAAACAAUGGCACUGAUGUAUUUUAACGUAUUAAGUUGUUUUUAGUUAAAGGGAUAUUUCAUCCCAAAAAAAUAAAAAAUUCUGUCAUCAUUUAUUCACUUUCAUUUUGUGACAAACCUGUAUAAAUUUCUUUGUUCUGA